UUGAUUGGCGGACUUCGUCACUUCCUGUAGGUCUGGCGGAAGUCGCUUCCGAGAGCAUCGCGGUCUUCACAAGAGAAUUCCGGCGGAGGCAGGAGAGUUUCCCUUUGCUGUUUGCCCGAGGGUCGCCAUGGCGGCGGUGGAUUCGGAUGUCGAAUCGCUGCCGCGUGGGGGUUUCCGCUGCUGCCUCUGCCACGUUACGACAGCCAACCGACCCAGCCUAGAUGCCCAUUUGGGAGGCCGGAAGCACCGGCAUCUGGUAGAACUUCGAGCUGCCAGAAAGGCCCAGGGCCUUCGGAGUGUGUUUGUCAGUGGUUUCCCCAGGGAUGUAGAUUCUACAGAGCUCUCUGAAUACUUCCAGGCAUUUGGACCUGUGGCCAGCGUGGUCAUGGACAAGGACAAGGGCGUGUUUGCCAUCGUGGAGAUGGGGGACAUGGGCUCCCGGGAUGCUGCCCUGGCCCAGCCCCAGCACAGCCUACGAGGACAGCGUCUGCGCGUGCGGCCUCGGGAGCAGAAGGCGUUCCAGAGCCCAGGCUCCAGGGCCCUCCGGGGUGCUGCCCCCGAGGACAGUGGCCAGCUGCUCAGUGCACUGGCCGAGGCCCCAGACGUGGGCACACAGAUGAUGAAGCUGGUGGCGCUGCGGGAACUGUCCGAGGCGGAGCGGCAGCUGCGGUGCCUGGUGGUGGCCCUGAUGCAGGAAGUCUUCACAGAAUUCUUCCCUGGCUGUGCAGUCCACCCUUUUGGCUCUUCCACAAAUAGCUUUGAUGUCCAUGGGUGUGAUCUUGACCUCUUCCUGGAUCUGGGAGAGCUGGAUGAGCCUCAGCAGGUCCCGAAGGCUCCGGAGUCUCCGUCCUUGGACUCUGCCCUUGCCUCCCCCUUGGAUCCUCAGGCCUGCACCCCAGCCUCCCCUGCGGACUCGCAGCCCCCAACGUCUCCCCAAGACUCUGAGGCGCUGGACUUUGAGGCCCUGUCCUCCCUAGCACCCCAGACGCCAGACUCUGCUCUGGCCUCUGAGAUCCUGGCCUCUCCCCAGUCCCUGCCUCCAGCCUCGCCGCUGCAGGAGGACAGGGGCGAGGGGGACCCCGGGAAGGCCCCGGAUGCAGCAGAGGCCCUGGGUGGGGAGAAGCCAGCGGGAGCGGCCAUGCUGGAGCUGGUGGGCUCCAUCCUGCGGCGCUGUGUCCCUGGCGUCUACCGUGUCCACAGCGUGCCAUCGGCCCGGCGCCCUGUGGUGAAGUUCUGCCAUCGGCCCUCGGGGCUUCAUGGUGACGUCUCCCUCGGUAACCGGCUGGCCCUGCACAACUCCCAAUUCCUGAGCCUGUGCGCUGAGCUGGAUGGGCGAGUCCGGCCCCUCGUGUACACCGUCCGCUGCUGGGCACAGGGCCGAGGGCUGGCAGGGAGCGGCCCCCUCCUCAGCAACUACGCUCUGACCCUGCUCGUGGUCUACUUCCUGCAGACCCGGGACCCACCUGUGUUGCCCACGGUGGCCCAGCUCACCCGGAAAGCAGAUGAGGGCGAGCGGGUGGAAGUGGACGGCUGGGACUGCAGUUUCCCCAGGGACGCCCGGAGCCUGGAACCCAGCGCCAACGUGGAGCCCCCGGGCGCCCUGCUGGCCCAGUUCUUCUUCUGUGUCUCCUGCUGGGAUCUCCGUGGCUCUCUGCUGUCCCUACGGGAGGGCCGCGCGCUGCCUGUGGCCGGGGGACAGCCUGCCAUAUUCUGGGAGGGUCUGCGUCUGGGCCCCAUGAAUCUUCAGGACCCCUUUGAGCUGAGUCACAACGUGGCCGCCAAUGUGACCAGCCGAGUGGCCGGGAGGCUGCAGAACUGCUGCCGGGCUGCAGCCAGUUACUGCCGGAGCCUGCAGUAUCUGCGCCGCUCGGCCCGCGGCCGGGACUGGGGGCUGCUGCCGCUCCUGCAGUCAAGCUCCCCUGCCUCGCUGCUCGCGGCCACUCCCAUCCCCCUGCCGGUCGUGCCCUUCCCCCAGCUCUGCACUGCCCUGGUCCGGGUGCUGCGGGACGCUCUGGGGUGCCAGGUUGAACAGGGGACAAAGAGGCCGAGGCCCAAAGCGGGGAUGGAGGAGGCUGCUCAGGGAGGAGCUGGGAAGAGACUGAAGCUAGAUGGGCACGGAGAGGGCGGCGAGGACAGGGCCGAGGAGCCUUGGGGACACGCGGGGGACCUCCACGGGGAAGUAGUGGAGGAGAUGGUCGUGGAGGUUGGCGAGACGGUGCCGGACUCGGCUAUGUGGAGCCCAGGGCAGGCGGGAGACCCGCCAGGGGUGGCUGGCCACCGCGAAGGACCGGACCACCCAGCGCAGGCCCAGCCACGCCCCAGCUGUGCCAGCUGGCGCUGCGCCCUGUGGCACCGCACGUGGCAGGGGCGGCGGCGAGCCCGGCGGCGCCUGCAGCAGCAGCAGCAGCGGGAGGGCCAGAGGGGUGACGCAGGGGCCGGGUGGCUGGCGACUGAGGCCCAGGUGACCCAGGAGCUGGCCAGACCCAGCGGCGGGGAGCGGGGAGCAGGAGCCGAGCCCCUUGUGGCCUUCAUGGCGAGCGCGAGCGCGUCCGAAGCCGAGGGGAUGCUCUCAGUUACCCCGCUGCGGGACGCGCAGGGUCUGUUCCCUGAGCUGCACCACUUCCUGCAAGGCUUCGUGCCCCAGGCGCUGCGCCAGGCAAUAAAGCAAUGAGCUGCUGGACCACA